CGUUGGGGGUAGCCCAGGAGCAGCUCCCAUGAUAACAGAAACCUGGGGUUAAAGAAGCCGCACCGGUCGAUCCCGGUACCUCUUUCAUUCUACCGCAGCUUCCAGUGUACUUUCCGCGUCACCAAAGCGGUCAGUAGAACCAGGUUCGAGCUGCUGUUCAGUUUUUUUGACGAUCGACGCGUCUUGCCUUUACUGUUGUGUUCGUACGAAUCAGCUGCCGUUUAUAGGUAGGCAUCAUGUGGUUGCCGGUGUAUGUGCCUCUCUUGCUGGUGUUUGGAGUUAGUUUGUCCCUCCCACAAGGAAGCCUUGGCACAGACUCAUCGUCACUCCGGGGAGUGGACGCUGACACUGAAAAGCGGAUUAAUGUCGGGAAGAAACACCUGCAGACCCUCCGAAAUCUGGAAACUCGGUGCCACGAUUCCUUGCAAGCACUUGUUGUAAUCGAUGCAGGCAGUAGUUCGACGAGGACGAAUGUUUUCUUGGCGAAAACCCGGUCAUGCCCAAAUAAAGGCCGUAGCAUUGACCCAGACAGUAUUCAACUCAUCGGCGCUGGCAAGCGGUUCGCAGGACUUCGUGUAGUUUUAGAAGAGUGGCUGGACACUUACGCUGGAAAGGACUGGGAGUCGAGGCCCGUUGAUGCCAGACUUCUCUUCCAGUACGUCCCUCAGAUGCACGAGGGGGCGAAGAAACUCAUGCAACUCUUGGAAGAAGACACGGUUGCCAUUUUGGACUCACAGCUCAAUGAGAAACAAAAGGUCCAGGUCAAGGCGUUGGGCAUUCCCAGUAUGCUUUGCAGCACAGCAGGAGUUCGCGACUUCCACGAAUGGUACCGCGACGCCCUCUUUG